ACAUCUUCCCCGCUAUAAGCCGCUCCUCGGCCAAUCUGUGGCCAGAGAAGGCGUGAGGAGGCAUCAGAAGCAGCAGCAGAUGAAGAAGAAGUCCAGUCCUCAGCCAGGAAACAUCGAACAUGUUCUGAUCCUCGGCGGGGAACCGAAGGAAUCAUCAACAAGUUUGCAAGGACACAAGAUGCUUCCUUCUCGUGUCUGAUUGCGUGUGGUUCCCGCACAGGACUACAAUUAUUAUCCGGAUUAAAACUGUCACUUUUGGGGAUUUUAAAGAUUACACUGCUCUUCAAGUCACUUUUCUUGCUUUUUUUUUGUUGACGCGCUUGGAAAUUGCGCACAGCGAUGGCGCAAAGGUACGAUGAGUUGUCUCAUUACGGUGGUGGGAUGGAUGGAGUCGGAGUGCCCACCUCCAUGUACGGAGACCCGCACGCCCCGCGGCCCCUGGCCCAGGUGCACCACCUGAACCACGGGCCCCCGCCGCAUCCCACGCAGCACUACGGAGCCCACACGCCGCACAGCAUCAUGGCGGGAAGCAUGGGCGGCAGCAUGGGCAGCGCCGUGAACGACGCGCUCAAGAGAGACAAGGACCAAAUUUAUGGUCAUCCUUUAUUUCCGCUUCUUGCUUUGGUGUUUGAGAAGUGUGAGCUGGCCACGUGCACGCCCAGAGAACCAGGAGUGGCGGGAGGAGAUGUUUGCUCCUCGGACUCCUUCAACGAAGACAUUGCGGUCUUUGCAAAACAGAUCCGAGCAGAGAAGCCUUUAUUUUCUUCCAACCCAGAAUUGGAUAACUUGAUGAUUCAAGCUAUCCAAGUGCUACGCUUUCAUCUACUGGAAUUAGAGAAGGUGCACGAGCUUUGUGACAACUUCUGCCACCGCUACAUUAGCUGCCUGAAGGGCAAGAUGCCCAUCGACCUGGUCAUCGAGGAGCGAGACGUUUGCAAGUCGGACUUUGACGACCUGUCGGGAUCCUCCACCAACCUCGGAGAUCAUAACCCAGCAUCCUGGAGAGACUUGGACGACGCCCACUCCACACCCUCGGUAGGAACCCCGGGACCGUCCAGUGGGGGACACGUCUCUCAGAGUGGAGACAACACAAGUGAACUCGGUGAUGGCCUGGACAACAGCUUAGCAUCACCGGGCACAGGAGAUGAAGAUGACCAAGACAAGAAGAGGCAGAAGAAACGAGGCAUCUUCCCCAAAGUGGCUACAAACAUCAUGAGAGCGUGGCUAUUCCAGCAUCUUACGCACCCAUACCCCUCAGAGGAACAGAAGAAACAACUCGCACAAGACACGGGCCUCACCAUCCUCCAAGUCAACAACUGGUUCAUCAAUGCAAGGAGGAGAAUAGUUCAGCCAAUGAUUGACCAGUCCAACAGAGCAGUGAGUCAGGGUACAGCUUACAGUCCAGACGGCCAACCAAUGGGAGGCUUCGUACUGGACGGGCAGCAGCACAUGGGUCUCAGACCUGGAGGACCAAUGGGAGGCAUGGGGAUGAACAUGGGCAUGGAUGGCCAGUGGCACUACAUGUAACCCCGCCCCCCACUCACACCAGCACCAACAACAGGGUAAAGCCUCCAUGCUUGGCUCAGGGAUGUUCUUCAUGCGGCCGCCAUGCGUUUCCCACCAGACCACCUCACGACCCCCAUCGUCACCCAGCGCCCCCCGUGGUCUUUGUUGCCCUGUGGCUGCACGCAUGGAGAGGAAAAAAAACCCCAUCACCUGUACUUCAAAAACACGUCGUGGGACUGCAGUGACAAAAGGACUUCAUGGAAGAGAAACAUCUCCUGCUUUAAAUUAUUUAUUUAUUUUUAUACCACACUCGCUCCUUUCCUCCUUUCUUUUUUGAAGCCUCAUGCGGGCGAGAAGCUUUACUUCCAAAUAUCCAUCGAAAACCACAGCGGCGGUCUCCAAAGUGUGGCCCCGGGGGGCCUUUUGUUGAUCUUUUCCAAGAAUCAAAUGAACACAAGGAUGAGAUACUAUUUGGAGCACAGGAAAACAAUACAACUAUAAAAAGUCAUCAUGCUAAUGACACAAAUGCAGCUGUUUUUAUUUAUGAUAUUUCGCUUUUGACUUAUUUCUGCGUGAUUGGAAACGGUUUGGACGCCCCUGAUGCACACGCACACACACACACACACCCACACACACACACACGUGAAGACUAUGUUAAAAAUAUGUAUAAAAACUGGAAUUGUUGUGCUUGUAUAGAUUUGUGCUUGUUUCGAUGCUUUUCUUUUGUAUCUUGCUCUGUGAAACCCUGAGAUGCUUUUUGCAUUUUCUAUGUGGGCGGCCAUUUUGGAUCACGUUUUCACGGAUUCUCCAGCACCGAAACACACGCCGGGAACGCCCGCACCGUUCGUUUUCUCUGUCACCGAUCCUGUCUUCCGUCCAGGCGAAAGAUUUCCCUCCAUAUUUGACGCUCCCUGAAUGCACCACGUUGCGGAAGAGUGAAGUUUACGAAGCGCACAUUUCAAUUGAACUUUGUCCCGGACACAGACAGACGCUGCAUUCUCACCGUUUCUUUGAUCUCGCAUCUUUGUUGCCAAAUUGUGAAGUUGUGUGUAAACAAAAAAAAAGAACACGCAGCUUAAUAAAGAAAAGAAAACAAGCAGUAGAUGUUUGACUUGAAGGCAUCUUUACCUUUGUCAUUUUUACAGCCUGCAAUAAAAAGUCAAAAAUCCUUAAAAAGUGCUUGUCAUGUGACAGUCAUGUGACUAUCCCAAUACACCUUCCCCAAAAUGGCGGUGCGUCAUUUCCAAAAGCUUACUUUUUAAAUCCGUGUAACAAUUGUAAUACUUUAAUACGGUGUGAAAUAUGACAAUUGAAGUCAUUUCUUCAAUGAAUUCAUAGAAACCAAGCUAGGAAAAUAUCACAUUUGGGCUUUUAGUCUUCAAAUUGCUACGGAAAGCCUUGACGUGACGUUUUAGUCACGAUAGCAAAAAAUGCUAAUAAGACGCUCAAUAAAUGUCACUCUUUCAAUGACUUGCAGUGACGACAGUAUACGUUCUUUGUCCACGUCAAACCACAUCUGUACGAUGCAAGAACACAUCAAGUUAAGAAUACAUCACCGGUCGUUUGUUCGGUUUUAGUUUUUAGUUUUAUAUUUAAUAAAGACGGCAUUUUGGAAAAACACGUCCUACGUGUGGCUUAGAGACCAAAUAAGGGCUUGAUAAAUAAAUGAAUAAAUAAUCAGGAAUAAAUGCUCAUAAUAACAAUAAAUGAAGAGAGCGGGUGUGACAGAGGUUUAGAAAGAAAAAAUAGUAAAAAUGAUAAUAGCAAUACCAAUAAUAAUAAUAAUAAUUGUAAUAUUUUAG